AGAGGGCUGGCCUCGGGCCGCCAUGGCGUUCCAGCGGCACCACCGGAGCCGAGUGACCGUAGCGCGGGGCUCCGCCCUGGAGAUGGAGAUCCGGCGGGGCCGGUUCCGGCUCAGCCUCCUCGGGGACACCGAGCAGGGCACGGACAUCCAGAAGAAGAUAGACCACGAGAUCCGCAUGCGUGAGGGAGCCUGCAAGCUGCUGCCAGCCUGCACCCAGCGCGAGCAGGCCCUGGAGGUCACCAAGAGCCUGCUGGUCUGCAACAGCCGCAUCCUGGCCUACAUGGCUGAGCUGCAGCGCAUGAAGGAGGCCCAAGUCAUGCAGCGCAUGGCCCGGCGGCCUUCCGAUGCUGGUCCCAUGGAGGAUCGUUUGCCCUGUCGAGGCAGAGUCUGCGUCUCAGAUAUCCGGAUCCCCCUGAUGUGGAAGGACACAGAAUAUUUCAAAAACAAGGGUGGUCUGCACCGAUGUGCCGUAUUUUGCUUGCUACAGAUUGGCACAGAGAUCUACGACACUGAGAUGGUUCUGGUCGACCGGACACUGACGGAUAUCUCCUUUGAGAGCACCAUCCUCUUCACGGAAGCGGGUCCAGACUUUGAGCUGAAGGUGGACCUCUACAGCGCGGCCCUGGAGGAGGAGUCGGCCCUGGGCAGCACCCCGAAGAAACUGGCCAGUCGCCUGAGCAGCUCCUUGGGGCGCUCGUCCGGGAAACGGGUCCGAGCAGCCCUCGAUGGGGGGGCGCCCAGCAGCCCCGGGAGCAACGGAGGGAGCAGCCCCCUCCUGCUGCCGGCUCCCAGUGUGGCAGGCCCCAGGUACCAGCUGCUCGCCUCCACCACCCUCCGCCUGGCUGAUGUGCAGGACGCCUUCCGCACCCACGACCUCGUCAUCGCUGGCCACGAGGAGAGCUCCUACUGGCUGCCCCUCUACGGCAGUGUCUGCUGUCGCCUGGCUGCUCAGCCCAGCUGCAUGGUCCGCCAGAUGAUGUGCGGCUUCCUCAGGGUGCAGCAGGGAGAGCAGCCAGGCUGGCUCCGGCUUUUCUGUCUUCUGCGUGGCCCGAACCUCCACUGCUACCACCGCCCCCAGGAGGCCGAGGCCCAGGUGGAGCCCGCUUUCACCAUCGCCAUCAGCAAGGAGACACGCAUCAGGGCCACGGAGCGGGACCCCAAGAAGCACUUGCAGAGCAUGCUGGUCACCAACCGCUAUGGGGGGGAAGAGGUGACCCACACGCUGCUGGCCGAGAGCCGGGCCGAGACGCAGCACUGGAUGGAGGCCUUUUGGCAGCACUUCUACGACAUGAGUCAGUGGAAGCACUGCUGUGAUGAACUGAUGAAGGUGGAAGACCCCUCCCCACGCCGGCCCCCCGCCCAGCUGCCCAAGAAGGGCUCUCUGUACCACCAAACAGCUAUUGAGCCAGCAGAUGACAUCGAGGCCGUGACAGAGAUCCUGACCCGGCGGGUGUCGGGCCUGGGCAGCCCCCCGUGGCUGUCCCUCUUUGAGGGGCCGGGGUCCCCUCCUGCCGUGGCUUCAGACAGCGACAGCAGCUCCAGCGCCAGCCCCAGCCCGCUGCACCCCCCCUGGGGGCGGCCCCGCACUCUCUCUCUGGAUGCCAAGCUCAGCACCUGGAACGGACGCUCUGGCCGCCUGCCCCCCACCUGGGCCCGUGGCCCCUCCCGCUCCCGCUCCAGCUCCUCCAGCAGCGGCAGCCCCACCCCGGAGCCCACGCGGCCACCACGCCCCCAGGCCCAGCCCACCUUUGACCCUCGCCUGUGGCUGCAGUCCCAGGUCUGAGAAGACGCCCCCCCACCCCCACCCCCGUGCCUGGCUGUGGCAGGGAAGCAGUGGCCCCACGGGUGGAGACAGGCCUGGUCGCUGGGCCAGGGAUGCGGGGGAGGGUGGUUGCUGGCAGCUUUGGGGAGCAUCUGCCCCGCCCUCCGUCCCCUCCUGGCAGGGGCUGCCUCCCCUGAGAGCUGGGGCAUCUGUGCUGUGGGGGGGGGCAGGGGGCGUUCCCCAGCUUCAGCCCUUUGGCUCUGUCCAGCUGGGCUCCCACAGAAGUGAGUUUGGGGCUGGGGACUUUUCCGCUGAGCCCCAGAGCUGGACAGCUGUCCUGGCCGGAAACUUCUCAGGAGCAAAGUACCUUUCUUUGGGGGGGGCGGCGGACUGGAACGCUUGGGGCUGGGAAACGGGAGCUCUUGGCAUGUGGGCGGAUGUUUUCCCCUUGGUGGAAGACGCUCAUCUCCAGACUUGGGGGGGGGGGGGGGUUGGUGUGGAAAUGCUGCCCCCCCCUUCGUUCUCCCUUAUCCUGCGGUUCAGGGAUUUGUGCCAAUGCAAAAGGGGGGGGGGGUUCCUGCCAAACAGCCAGCCUGGAGCCUCCCCCGCCUUCAAUUGUAUCAAAGUGGGGGGCUGCCUCUCCUCCUUAACACAUUAAAUAUAUAUUUAACGUUU